CCGCCGGCAGACGCGCAGCUCCCAUCAGACUGCAGGUGCAGCAGGAACAGCCCCCCCGUCCCCCCCCGGCGCAGCCUCAUUGUCCGCCAGUUAUCGGCUUUAGAUCGCACAUUUCCUUUUCUCACCGAGCAGGAUGGCAGCGCAGAUCGAUCGCAGUCGGUAGUAGUCGCUCAGUGGGCGCCUUGACGAUGAGGUGCCCUCCCACCCCUCCCCUCUCUCCCCGGACUGAUUGGCGUGGGCAGAUGGGUCUGACUGUCGGGACCGGACCCAGCAGGACUCAGAGCCGCUCAGACCUGGGACCAGUGGCCCCUCGGUGAGUCCGUUCCUACCCCCUCCGAGGGCAAAUACUAUGGGCCAGCCAUGAUCUCCAGGAAGGGCAUUAUCCCCGAGGAGUAUGUGCUCACUACCCGAUUGGCAGAGGACAUCGCGGAGCCCAAGUACCAAGCCAAGGAGAGACGGGCUCGCUUUGUGGCCAAGAAUGGCACCUGUAAUGUGGCCCACAAGAACAUCAGGGAGCAGGGCCGGUUCCUCCUGGAUGUAUUUACCACCGUGGUGGACCUCAAGUGGCACUACACCCUCCUCAUCUUCACCAUGUCCUUCCUCUGCACCUGGCUGCUCUUUGGCAUGAUCUGGUGGCUCAUUGCCUUUGCCCACGGCGACCUGGACACCAACGAGGAGGGCUUCGUGCCCUGUGUGACCAGCGUCCAGUCCUUCACCGCCGCCUUCCUGUUCUCCAUUGAGGUGCAGGUCACCAUUGGCUUUGGGGGUCGGAUGGUCACGGAAGAGUGCCCCUCUGCCAUCCUGGUGCUCAUCAUCCAGAACAUCGUCGGCUUGGUCAUCAACGCCAUCAUGUUGGGUUGUAUCUUCAUGAAGACCGCCCAAGCCCACCGCAGAGCCGAGACCCUCAUCUUCAGCAAGCACGCCGUCAUUGCCCUGAGGAACGGCAAGCUCUGCUUCAUGUUCCGGGUGGGCGACCUGAGGAAGAGUAUGAUUAUCAGUGCCACCAUCCGUAUGCAGGUGGUGAGGAAGUCCAGCAGCCAAGAAGGUGAAGUUCUACCUCUCAACCAAAUUGAUAUCCAGAUGGAGAACCCAAUCAGCACCAAUGGGAUCUUCCUGGUCUCCCCCCUCAUCAUCUGCCACACGAUCACCAGAGACAGCCCCCUGUACGACAUCUCCCCCAACCACCUCACCCACCAUGAAGACCUGGAGAUCAUCGUCAUCCUGGAGGGGGUGGUGGAGACCACGGGGAUAACCACCCAGGCGAGGACGUCCUACCUGGCCGAUGAGAUUCGCUGGGGGCAGAGGUUCGUCCCCAUCGUGGCCGAGGAGGACGGCAGAUAUUGCGUCGAUUACUCGAAAUUUGGCAACACGGUCAUCGCCCCGACCCCCCAUUGCACCCCCAGGGAACUGGAGGAGGAUCGGAGCGCCCUGGACAACAUCAAGUUCUCCCCCAGGAGCACAGUCCGGAGGAGGAAUAUGACUGUGAGGGGGGCAAAACCAAAGUUCACCCUGUUUGAGGAACCUUCCUGACCCCCCCACCCCGGUGGGAUUUGCCUUAUUUACAAAGGACUGACUUGUACCCCCCCCAGGGGCAAGUGAUACUUUAUAUGCAAUUGGGAGCAGCCAAUAGUGUUGGAGUGGAUCAGGUAUUUAUGCAGAAUUUCAUAUCAUGACUGGAAGCACUUACCCUUUUAUUCACUUUUAUAAUCUCAGCGGUUUAGUUACCCUUGAAAUUCCACCUUUGCGCAACUUUCCCUUUAUUCCUGGGAUCAGCGGCGACAGCGUUGCACCCCGUGUGGAAUUCGGCUCCUUGACACCCGGAGCUAUUUACAGCCCCCCCAGCAGGCAGAUUGCCCCCCCCCAUACUGUCUGUUUAACCCCCAGCAGUCAGCUCCAAGGAGACAAGUUGCCCCCCCCCCCAUACUGCUCUGUUUAACCCCCAGCAGUCAGCUCCAAGGAGACAAGUUGCCCCCCCCAUACUGCUCUGUUUAACCCCCAGCAGUCAGCUCCAAGGAGACAAGUUGCCCCCCCCAUACUGCUCUGUUUAACCCCCAGCAGUCAGCUCCAAGGAGACAAGUUGCCCCCCCCCCCAUACUGCUCUGUUUAACCCCCAGCAGUCAGCUCCAAGGAGACAAGUUGCCCCCCCCAUACUGCUCUGUUUAACCCCCAGCAGUCAGCUCCAAGGAGACAAGUUGCCCCCCCCCCAUACUGCUCUGUUUAACCCCCAGCAGUCAGCUCCAAGGAGACAAGUUGCCCCCCCCAUACUGCUCUGUUUAACCCCCAGCAGUCAGCUCCAAGGAGACAAGUUGCCCCCCCCAUACUGCUCUGUUUAACCCCCAGCAGUCAGCUCCAAGGAGACAAGUUGCCCCCCCCCAUACUGCUCUGUUUAACCCCCAGCAGUCAGCUCCAAGGAGACAAGUUGCCCCCCCCAUACUGCUCUGUUUAACCCCCAGCAGUCAGAUUGCCCCCCCACAACUUACUGCUCUGUUUAACCCCAGCAGUCAGAUUGCCCCCCACAACUUACUGCUCUGUUUAACCCCCAGCAGUCAGCUCCAAGGAGACAAGUUGCCCCCCCCAUACUGCUCUGUUUAACCCCCAGCAGUCAGAUUGCCCCCCCACAACUUACUGCUCUGUUUAACCCCCAGCAGUCAGAUUGCCCCCCACAACUUACUGCUCUGUUUAACCCCCAGCAGUCAGCUCCAAGGAGACAAGUUGUCCCCCCCAUACUGCUCUGUUUAACCCCCAGCAGGCAGAUUUCCCCCCCCAUACUGCUGUGUUUAACCCCCAGCAGUCAGCUCCAAGGAGACAAAUCUGCCCCCCCAUACUGCUCUGUUUAACCCCCAGCAGUCAGCUCCAAGGAGACAAGUUGCCCCCCCCCCCGAUACUGCUCUGUUUAACCCCCAGCAGUCAGAUUGCCCCCCCACAACCUACUGCUCUGUUUAACCCCCAGCAGUCAGCUCCAAGGAGAUAGAUUGCCCCCCCCCCACAACCUACUGCUCUGUUUAACCCCCCGGGAGCCCCCCCAGAAGACCCCUCCUAGUGCUCUAUGUACAGAGUUUCAGGGAUAUCGGGUCAAAUUGUGGGGUUUAAAGGGGAAAUUGUUUCACUUUUAAAAAAAUGCGCCGGCCCCUUUAAUGCUGGUGCCCAUGUGACCAUUUGCAGCACUGCUGCCCGGCGAGACCUGCGGCCGAUGGAACGAGGGAAAGGGAUAAGGAAGCUCAGCAGCGAUGCGGGAAUCGGCAAUAAUAAUAAUAUAAUGGGGAUAAUGGUCAUGUGACUGCAGUGUCCCAUUUAAAGGGGAAGUAAAUCCGUUCAGUUCAUUGUAUCUUCCUGCUGUUCAGGUCAGGGAGGGGCAACAAGUGAGGGAUGUGCCCCCCCCCGUUAUUUCCCUAUAAUGUGAUAUAUAAUAACCCCCCCCCCCCAGAAAUGGUUUGUUACAAGCAGCGCCACUUCCCCUUUAAUUCCCCUCCUAUUUGCUGAACUGGGGGGGGAGCAGCUGGCACUGGGCGGGGCAGUUUGGGGGGGGGGGAGAUAAAUAUAGAAAGUGUUACUGAAUGUCUUAAAGGAGCAAAUACCCCCCCUGCCCCCCCCCCCCCGGGGCAGAACCCGCCGCAUGUGACUUUUAUAUUAUGGGAAAUCUGUGAUUUAUAUGCAAAACCCGCGGAUCCAAUAAACUCUUUUAAUAAACGGCC